AGAACAUAUAAACCAUGAUGGAUAGCUGCCAGUUUUAACAAGUUCACACCAUCUUGUCGCUAGAGUACUUCAGAGUUGUGAAAACACCAACCAACCGAACUAGAGGAGCAGUGAGAGAAUAGAGAAGGAGAUCACAUGAAAAAGAAAUGAGGAGAAUAAGUAAAAAGAGGAAAAAAGAAAGAUCGAUGAUGAUGCAGAAGGUGAGGCAGGAGUAGGAUAUUGGAGAGAACAGAAAGAAAGAAAAAAUUCUGAUUUUGGUACCGAGUGUCACAAUGGCACUAUCACUGGUACUGGAUUUAAUCGGAGGAGAAGUUUUUCAGCUGUUCUCUGGAAGUGUUACUAGAGCGGUGGACCGGAAAGCGGCAUUUAGAGACCUUCUCCAAGAUAUUAAAUACACACUCAAGUCUCUAAGAAGACAGGCCAGAGUCAUUCAGCAGAUACAACAGUAUAAUCUGGACUUGAGUCUGUCAAACAAUGAAAUAAUCGAUAUUGUAACACAAAUGACCAAGGGCAGAGAACUAAUUGACUGCUUGUCUGGUAUUAAAUUUCGUUUGUGGAACUUCUGCUGCACAAAUGAUUGCGCUGAGCAACUUAAAGAAUUGAAUAGGGCUCUUGAAAGUCUGUUUGACACCCUGCAGUUGGAGCAAGUGAGGGAUGCCAAGGAGACCUUGAAAUUGGCAAGGCAAAACCACAAAGAUCUUAAGAAAAUGAAGGUUAUGUUGGAGAAGAUACUGCAGAUGAUUGACGAUCCUGAAGUGAAGGGUCUACUGAGGAAGUUAGUGGACCAGAAUUCAGGGGAUUCGAUGGAUGAUGCCUCGACCUCAACCCCAACCUCAAACUCAGCCUCAGGAAGUAAUACAGAAGAUGAAGGGAAUGGCGUGGCACAAGCAUCAUCAUCAGGACUAGUGGGAGCAGCUUUUGGUUUGUUAAUUGAUGCUGUUAUAGAAGUGAAGGUGAGCACUAAGAUGUUUAGACCCCUCCUCAGACGUCUCAAAUCCACCCUAGACUGCUUGAGGCCAUUCAUUGAAGAGAUGGCAGAAGAUAAGAAGCUAUUGGAUCGCCCAAAGGAGAAGCUAGAAAAUCUUAGAAUACAAAUGGAGAAUGGUGUAGAGCUCAUUCACAAGUGCUCAAGUGUUUGUCGAUGGACCAGUAACAAAAAGGACAAAUACACCAACCAAGUAUUUGAAUUGGAUGAACGUCUUCAAGGGCACUUAAGUAUACUGAUAAUGGAGGUAGCAAGGGAUGUGAGGGAGACCUCGGAUUUGAUAAGGAAUAUACAGAAGGUGAUCAAUAGAAUCGAAGGGAGUGACUUUCAAGGUUCAUGUGACAUAACUGAACCUCCCAUCCCUCCGGUUGAGUUAGAAGGAUUGAACAUGCAGAAAACAAGUAAUGUGAAGGAGACACUGGUUUCAGAGGUCAAUAUAACUGAAGGGAGUGGUGUGGUACAAAAUCGACUUGAAUUUAAAGGUUCUUGUGAUGUACUUGGACCUUCAUCCCCUACAGUUGGAUUGGAAGAAUCCAAGCAUGGAAGAAAGGAUUUGAUCAAGGAGACAUUGCAGAGAGAAAGUGUAUUUCCCAAGAGACCGGGCCAGCCUGAGUGCCUGUUUUACAUGAGGACAGGUGAUUGUAAGUUCGGUGUAGAUUGUAGGUAUCAUCAUCCAGACUGUGUUUUCAGUCCAACAGGCCUUCCUCUACAACUUGUUGUCUUCGUAAUGAACCUGUACAAUUUUCAACAGCAGGAAACAAUGCCAAACUUUUCAGAACUGUCCAAUAUGAGUCCUCUUAUAGUUGGAUUGGACGUGCAUUUGAAAGAAUUGAAGAGAAAGCUUCUCAAUCAUGGGGAGUCAUCAAUUCUUGUGCUGACUGGCCCCGCUGGAUGUGGAAAAUCCACAUUGGCAAAAGCUUUUUGUCAAGAUGAAGAAGUUAAAGAUAAAUUCAAGGACAAUAUCUUCUUUGUUACGGUUUCGAAGAAGCUGAGCAUAGACCUCAUUGCACUGCAAAUACUAUGUCAACUCAAGGAUGAGGUACCUCAAGUUGAAAACCAAGUCACUGCAGUUGAGUGGCUGGGAAAAUUUCUGAAAGAAGCAGGACAAGAUCCUUUACUGUUGGUCCUGGAUGAUGUUUGGCAUGUGUCAGAAUUCCUUGAUAACAACAAUGAAUUGAAAACAGAAAAUCUCAAGAUUUUGGUGACAUCAAGAUCUGAACUUCGAGGAUUUGGUUCCCCAUAUUAUAUAAAUGCAUUGAGUGAAGAAGAGGCAAUGACUCUAAUUCGACGUUCAGCAUUCCUGGAAGAUAGGAGCUCUUAUGUUCCAGAAGAUAUCCUGAGAAAGAUAGUAAAGCACUGUAAGGGAAACGCACUUGCCCUUACAGUCAUCGGAAGAUCACUGUGCAGGAUGCCAAUACAUAUCUGGCAAAAAAGAGUAGAGGAACUGUUGAAAGAUUCUUCUAUUUCUAACUGUGAGAGUGAUCUGCUUUCUUGCCUCAAAAUCAGUUAUAAUGCCUUGGCUGAAAAUUCUGUUCUGAAGGAGUGUUUCUUGGACCUUUCUCUAUUUCCUGAAUACCAAAGAGUCCCUGCUGAUGCCCUCACUGAUAUGUGGGCAGAGUUAUAUGGACUAGGUGAAAAUAUUCUACCCAUUAUGAACCUCCAAGAGCUCACUACCCGGGGUCUGGCUAAACUUGUAGGCACAAGGAAGGAGAAAGUAGAGGUGGAUGGCUACUACAGUACACUCUGUUUUAACAUGCACGAUAUUAUAAGAGAGCUGGCAAUCCAUCUGACUAGUCAGAAACCGAUAGAACAGAGAAACAGACUGCAUAUAGAAAUUCUUGGAGGCAAGCUUCCUCACUGGAUCAAUCAUCUUCUAGAACAGAAGUAUCAGCCUAUGAAGGCUCGCCUAGUAUCGAUCUCGACUGACGAAGUAUUUUCACAAAAAUGGCACAACAUGCAACUACCAGAAGCAGAGGUUCUAGUUCUGAAUUUUCAAACAGAGAAUUAUGCAUUACCUGAAUUUGUGCAAAACAUGGGAAAUUUGAAGGUUCUAAUAGUCACAAGUUGUGGUACCUUACCUGCUUUCUGGCCUGUCGGUUUCUUACCUGCUCAAUUGAGUAAUUUUCAACUACUCAGUUCAUUACCAAAUCUGAGAACAAUCAGACUAGAGGGCAUUUCAAUUUCUUCCAUAAGCAUGCACUCCAUACAAUUGAAGAGCCUGCAAAAGAUAUCUCUGUUCAACUGUCGCAUCGGUCAAACUUUCAGCAACACUUCCAUCCAACUUUCAGAUGCAUUUCCGAAUCUGGUGGAAACAAAUAUUGACCACUGCAAUGAUUUGGUGGCAUUGCCUGGCAUCUGUGAUCUUGUUAAUCUAAAGAAGCUAAGUCUCAUCAGCUGUCAUUAUCUAUCUGCUUUGCCUCCAAAGAUCGGAAAGUUGUCCAAAUUAGAAGUUUUAAGGCUGAAGUCAUGCACAGUCUUAGAGAUGUUGCCAGGAUCGAUUGUGAAGCUCAAUAAGUUAGUAUUUCUUGACCUAUCUUAUUGCAAACGCCUUAAGGAGCUUCCUGAUGUCAUUGGACUGAGAAAUUUGAAAACAAUCGACAUGAGACAGUGCUCAAGACUGCAAAUGCUGCCACCCUCUUUUUUGUAUCUUAAGCAGUUACAGGAAGUGAUAUGCGAUGAAGAGACAGAGAAGUUAUGGAAACCCUUGUUGCCCCGCCUCAAAAACCUGCGCAUUAAGUUUAGGUUUCGCGAGAUUCAUUUCUGAGUCCUCUUUUACUCAAUAAAUGUUGCUCCACAACGAGCCGAGCUAUGAUUGGUUGUCAUGCAGAUCAAACUUGGAUCAGGGCUGAUCUUUUGUCUUCAUUUUUCAAGCUGUCGUUUGUCUGUAACCUGGCACGGUGGUCAAGUUUUUUCCGUUUGAUAUAUCCUCUUCCCUCCUUGUGUGUGUUUAUGAUUUUGGAUUUGGUCUCUUGUUGGGGUUAGGUCCACUUGUUUUGGAUCCCUUCGGCUUGGCCUUUACAUGGUUUUGCCCUACUGGGCUUCAAUAAUGUGAUUGGUGUAAUCUUGUUCAAGACGUUAUAGUUUCGUGGUGACAGCUUUGCAUCUCUAUUGUCAAAAUAAAUCUAAAUGAAACCUUUGUGCACUAUUUACUGUUUCUUAGUAAAUUAUCAAUAUGGUGAAUCCAAAAUACUAUUCACUUCUGCCAGCUAUUACUACUACAUCUUCCUAGUCUCACCGGCAGAUGCAGCGGCUGCAAGUGUGACGACAAGGGCGGUGGUUGGCCGGCAUCUAGAGUUGAUCCGGUUGCUACCGGUGGUGCUGCAGAUGGUGGUAGAGGCUGCUCUGCAACUCGGUUGGGCUUGGGCCUUUAAUUGGGUGCAAGCUAGGAAUUUCAGAGUUGGGCUUUGAUAUUAGUGUGGGCUGGGUUAAAUUGGGCACAUUGAACUCUUAGGUUUUUAUGUUUUAUUUUCUUUUUGGGUUCCCAUUCCCAUCCUUUUUCACGAGAG